AUGGAGAACUUACCCUCAGCAGGAACUGAUUCUACAGUCAAUGCAACUUUUCGACUCAACAUAAACCAUGCUAAUGCCAUAACAAUUACAGAUCCAAAACAUGCUAUUGGGAACUCUGUCGUGCUAGAACCAUUCAACCUUCCAGGCAUGGUUGCUAUGCAUCAAGGAGUUAAUAAAAUGAGUUAUGCUACAUUUUCUUCACAGUCCGAUUUUUCUACAUUUUGCUUGAUUCACGGGCUGGACAAGAAAAGUGGAUCAGUUUCCUUGGAAUCUGAGGAUCAAAAAGGCUGCUUCAUUUACAGUGGAGUGCACUACGAAUCUGGUACAGGCAUUGAGCUUGGUUGCAAUCCAGAAUCAUCUGACUGGCGAUUUAAAAGCGCAGCGAGUUUUAAGUUGAUGAAAGGAUUCAGCAAGUAUCAUCCUAUAAGCUUUGUGGCAAAAGGGCCAAAGAGGAAUUUUCUUUUGGCUCCAUUACUUAGCUUGAGAGAUGAAUCUUACACUGUGUACUUAAACUUUCAGGCAUAA